AUGAAUUCUUUCAAUGCGUUAAACAAAACGUUGCACCAAAUCUACGACGUCGUCGACGAGCCGUCGAAAGCGAAAGAAUGCGUCUCCUUGUGCUCGAAAGCCUCGAAGCAGUUCCCAUCCGUCUCGCUGUUUUCGUGCGUGAAAGCUUUAGCGAUGCUCCGCGUGAGCGAGGAAGAGGAGACUGCGUUCGAGGAGGCGACGAGAGCGUGCGUGACGGUGAUGAAAAGGAUCGAUGAGGAGGAAAAUCUGGAAACCGAUUUCGGUCCGACAGUCGCGCAAAGUUUACGAGUGUUGAGCAUUUUUUACAAGUCCAUCGGGGACGAGGAGAACGAAUAUUUGGUCGUUCAGAAACAACACGAGAAAGAUCCGGGGAAUUGCGACAUUCUCGAGGAAUUACAAAACGUGAUGGUAAAGAAGUGGGAUUUGGAAAAAGCGAAGACGUACGCGGUGAAGUUGCAACGGUUGAAGCCGCAUACCGGGACGGGAGGGACGCGCGCCGCGGCGACGAUGAGUUUAGCGAUUGGGAUGCAAAAGAAAACGUGGCGCGGAGAGGAGAGGGAGGAGGAAGACGGAGAAAGGCACAUCGUUGCGAGCGAGGAGGAGAAAGAAAAGGAGAGAAAGAAGAAGAAGAAGUUGUCCGGAGAGUUGGGGAAGGCGAUGUUUCAGAGGAUGUAUAAAAGCUUGAAGACGAGCGAGUACGAUAAUCAAGAGAGGGAUUUGACGAGCGAGAACGCGAGGGCGUACGUGACGGCAUUAAUGUGCGCGGACGUUGGGUUUGAAGAGGAUGAAGAGGAUGAGGAUAUUUAUAGUAGUGAUAGUAUUAGUAACGAUAGUAAGAGGAGACGGAGAGAGUACCCGAAAGGCGACGCGAAUAGAAAAAUAGCCGUCGCGUUUCUCGAGAGCGAGGUUGGUCAAAAAUGUUUCGCGAAAAGUUCACCUUUGGAACGGUUGCGUUUGCUCGCAGACUUAUACGCGUCCUUAGAUGACGCAAAAUUAAAAGCGUUUCAGUAUAACGUGGAUAUUAUUGACCUCGCACCGGACGAUUGGAUUGCUAUCGUAAACGCCAUCGAAUUACUCGCCGAGCUCGAAGACGGAAAAGAAGGGAACGUAGACGACGCAAUCGCGCACCUCGCAAAGCUAGGCCUCAGUGAAGAUAGUAGUAGUAGUAGUGAUAGUAGAACGAUGGCGUUUGCAUUUGCGUUAAGAGCCAAGUCAGAAGCGAACGGCGGUGCGAAAGUCGUAGGCAGAGGACCGUACCUCGCCGUUCUCGAAGCCGCGCGUCAAAAUCUCUCUCGAAAGAAGAACGUCAAGAACGCACAAAUACUUUUUGAAUCAAUAGCCGAGUAUGUCGACGCCUUUGCAUCGUGGACGAGUUGUGCGAGAGAGCUUCGCACCUUUAUGCAAGCGCUCAUGGACUGUGGCAACGCUGAGGCGAUUCAGGGCUGUCGGGAAAGAUUAGCGAAACGCAGAGACGUCGCCGCUGCUUCUUUGGAUGCGUAUUAUGACAAAAAUGAUGAUGAUGAUGAUGACAAAGAACUGAAGAAGAAAGACGCGAUGGACGCGUUACGAGUUGAAGCAGCGUGUCGUGUCCUCAUAGCGGAUAUUUCGAGGGAUGAGAUAGAUACCGCUUGGGUGACCAAGCAAAAGAAUUGUUAUUCGCCGCCGCUGGUUUACAAAGAUUGCUCUGGCCAAAAUCGCGCAAGAAUUUUCAUGGAACGAUUUGAAAAGUGCGAAACACUCGUCGAAUCGCUCGAUUCGCGAGAGUGGACACCGCGAGAUGUUCUUGGAGUUUACGCCACGCACGCACUGGUCGCCGAAGCGGCUUCGUGCUUAAAUUUGAAACCAAGCCGCUCCGCGCUCAAAUCUGAAAUCAUCGAAUGCCAUUCACGAGCUGUAAUGUUUCUCGUGUGCGCGAAAGCGCUCUCAAAACGAGUUUUGCAGCGUUCAAAACAUAACGCGGAGGCAUUGUUCGACGAAAUAGCUUCGAGCUGUCUGCUUGGCGCGUCGCGGUCCAUGCUCGAUACGUUUGCGUUUCUGGAUGCCAAAAAUAUACAAAUGGCGAGUUUAUUCCAUCACGUCGUUCCCGCGCUCGAUGGCAACAGCGUGAGUAUGGAAAAGUUUCACGAAAUUCGCUUAAAGUGCGAGAGUUUACAACAACAAUCAGAUGUCGACAUUGGAGAAUCAUUCGCCAAGGCUUUGCGAUACGAGGCGUUCGAUAAAGCGUUGGAAUUUACGAGGUUUCGCGAUACGUUGAAGCGUUCGUUCGCGUUUAGUCAAAUGGACGCGAUUAGCUCAAAAUUUCGGUCGAUAUAUCUGCACGAUAUGGGUCUAAUCGAACACGCUGGUCUCGAUGUUGAUAUAACAGACAAAGAAGAGUUUAAUCUGAAAGUGAAGAAGAGAUUCGACCACGUAACGAAGCAGUUUGCUGUGGCAUCGCAAAAUUGCUCAAACGGCAUACUUUGCAUCGGGAACGGGGACGUAGAGGAACAGCACGAAAUGAACAUGCUGUAUCUGUGGAAAAACCUUUGCUUUACAUACACGGACGAUGCGACGGGAACGAACAGUUCGUGGUUACCUCCGCACUUAAGCGCACCAGCGCUCGCGGCGCCUUCGUGGUUUCUAGCACAGAAUUCUUGCGCUACGAAUAAUGCGUCGUACAGGGACGAGUGGACGAGAAAUCAUCUACUCGAAUCCCUCGCGUAUUUCUCGGUUGCAUCUCUGGGUUCGUGUGAAGAAAACACCGCCGAGCGACGAAAACAGACGAUUCGCGAGAUGUUCGAACACCGCGUGGGAAAAAAUUCAGCCUCGGGGCGAGAAGCAAAAGAGGAGGAUGGAGAAGCCUCUUCAUCGUGGACGCGAACGAACGUGUUUGCGUUCAACGAAACGUUCAUCCAAGCAAUCAUCCGAAAUACAUCAGCUACGAGCACAUUCGAUGCCAUUUCACGCAUCGUUAUUGGUUGCUCGCGUCAUCUCUCGGAAGAUAUACGCGCGAUCGCAUCCAAUAAGCAUUUGCCAAACUCCAUAAAAUUCGCUCUGGACGGUAUCGUCCCUACGACGUCGUACGUAGCAUCGCACGUGUUGACCGUUUCGUGCAACGCUUUACUUUUAAUGAUUGAAGGUAAGAUUUUUGAGAGCGCGGAUAAAAACGAGCUGAAGCAGUCGCUUAAACCCGUAAUUGACGCGAUGGAUGGUUUACUUUUGGCGGUGCGAGAAGUUUUGCGCGACUAA